AUUGUUGGGAAGGAAGAAUCAACAUUUGGAUGAAUUAGUACUGAAAAAGAUUACCUGGUAUGUUUGAUGCAAUGGGUGCUGCUGGAUCAGCAGAUGACAUUAAUGCUAUGGAAAUUCAUCACUGGUACACAAAGUUUAUGAAGGAAUGCCCAUCUGGACAGCUUUGCCUGCAUGAAUUUAAACAUGUCCUAGAUCUACAUGGACUUACUCCUGAAGCUAACAACUAUGUUGAACAAGUAUUUCACACAUUUGACAUGAAUAAGGACGGAUUUAUAGACUUCUUGGAGUUCAUAGCUGCAAUAAAUUUGGUUAUACGAGGAAAAAUUGACCAAAAAUUGAAAUGGUAUUUCAAGCUAUAUGAUGCUGAUGGAAAUGGAUGCAUUGACAAAAAAGAGCUAUUAAGCAUAUUCAGGGCAAUCCAGGCUAUUAAUGGCUACACCAACAUGAGUGCUGAAGAGUUCACAAACAUGAUAUUUCAGAAGAUAGAUGUGAACAAUGACGGGGAACUGACUUUAGAAGAGUUUAUCAAUGGUGUGGAAAAAGACGAGGACCUAAUGGAAUUAAUUACGAAAAGUUUUGACCUUUCCAACGUACUCAAAGUCAUACAGAACGGCAGGAGAAACAGCGUCUGAAGGAUCCAGUCAUGGAUGUGGUCUCUGUCUCAUAAUUUCAAGGAAGAUGAUAUUCAUUGUAUUCAGAGAGGCUGAUGUUGUCAAAGCCUGCCCAGGCAAUACUGAGCAGCCUUCUCCAGGAGCAACAAUUUUCAGUCUUUCUAUAUCUCAUUUUAUUUUCUUUAUUCUUUCCCUUGCUAAUGACUGUGGCAGCCACAGGAAAAAAAAAAAAACUGAAAAAACCCCAACAACUUAUGCCUGCAUAAAAUAGAAAAGAUACUUGAUGCUGUAAAAGUCUCUGUGAUCUAGAUCUCUAUGAACAUGUUGUGGUCAAAACCUGGCUGGCUAGCUGCUCACUCACUCCACUCUAGUGGGAUGGGAAAGAGAAUUGGAAGAGCAAAAGUGAGAUAACUUGUGGGCUGAGAUAAAGACAGUUUAAAAUGGAAAGAAAAUGCGAGCAGGCAAAGCAAAGCAAGGAAUUCAUUCAGCAUUUCCCACAGGCAGGAAGAUGUUCAAACAUCUCCAUGGAAAGCACGGAUCCAUCAAGCAUAAGGGUGACUUGAGAAGACAAAUGCUGUCACUUUGAACAUCCUCUCCCUUCCUUCUUCUCACCCAGCUUUACAUGCAGAACAUGACUCCACACAGUGUGGGACAUCCCUGUGGCCGUUUGGGGAUGGGCUGUCCUGGCUGUGUCCCCUCGCAGCUCCUUGGCACCCCCAGCCCACUCAGUGCUGGGUGGGGUGAGAGGCAGAAAAGGACUUGUCACUGUGCAAGUGCUUCUCAGCAGUAAUGAAAACAUCUUUGUGUUAUCAAUAUAGUUUUGGUCACAAAUCCAAAACACAGUCUCAUACCAGGUACUAUGAAGAAAAUUACCACUAUCCGAACUGAAAACAGCACAAUCUCUUCUGUUCAGACUAAUAGAUAAAAUAAUGGAAAUUAUGUAAACUGCAACUUUUCUAAAAGAUACAAAGUUAAUAAUUUUUUUCUUUUAAUAAUGUGUUCUUUAACCUACUAUCUAAAGUGUGGGCACAAACUUUUAGGUAGGACUGUGUUCUAUCCAGAUUAAUUAAGAACAAAGCCUGCUUUGUAUUAACCUAACAUUUGCUCUAAUCAGUACUCAAAAUUGGAUUAAGUUCUCUGGGAAACACUUCAGCUAGCUCAAUAUUCCCAAGAUGUGUAUCCUCCUUAACUCUCUACUACUCUUGAUUUUAUUACAUGUGUUAAUUAAAAUAAUGUGGUAUUUUGAUGUCUUUUCCAGGGCUCAGCCACUGUUCUUUUAAAUUAAGCUUUUAUUAAAAUGUUGGAAUUAAAUUUUGUUGUCUUUGUAAAGCAAAAUUAGAAGUUCAGAGAGUAGCAAAACUCAAAUCAUUUUGCAAGCGCUGCCAGAGAUUUGUGUCUUUUGAUUUUAUGUCCUCCCUUUGCAAAAAAAUUGUUUUUACUGGGCUCUUUGCCAGGGCUGUAUGAAACAAAAGGUAAGAGAUAUAGGGUCACUCGUACUUCUGCAAAACAGACUGCCUUUCCCUGACUAAUUUAGGUGUCUUUGCCCUUCCAAUUACCUCAGUGAAAGCUUUUAGCAAUGGAGUCUUUCUGAGAUUUCUACCUCCUGUCAAACUGGCUUGCAAUUGUCUCUGAAGGUGGUAGCCAGGACUGCAGGGAAGGCAUCUGCAGGUGGCAUGAUCACAUAUUCUUCAGUUUUUUUAGGAAAGCAGGCUCAAAGCACAACCUUACUUUGUAAAUAACAAGACUAAUUCUAUGAACUGUAAUGGAAUGG